UCUUUCGACACAGGUUGUGAAGAUGAAUCUACUACUGGCUACGAUUCCAUUGCUCGCGCUAUCUCUGGGCGCUCUCGGCGUUCCCGUGGAGGAGCAGCAGCCAACCAGAAGACCCGAUCUGCCCUACAGAGAUCCCGUGCCGUCGUACGAGGUGGUGGCUCGCGACGACUACGAAGCGCCACCCCCGAGCUACAACGAUUACAUGCGCUACUAUUAUAACACGUCGGACGAGAGUUCGACGGUGCCGGCCGAGGAGACCACGACGGAGCCGACCGGAUGCACACCGGACUCGUGCAGCAGGUACACGAGCUGCUGCUUAUCGGCGGUGCGCGAUACCAUCUUGACCUGCGCCGCGAUGACCUGCGUGGAACUGUUCAAUUGCUGCGACGAAUUGUUGAAUAGUUGAGCUGCGAGUUAUGUAUUAUUGUUGUACGAAUAAAGGUCACGUGCCAAAAGUUAA